CUCUCUUCCUUUCUCUCUUUCUCAUCUGCUCUCUCCUCCAAGUCCAAGACCCGAUCAGCACUCUCCCUCCUCAAAUCCGAGCAGAACCCACACCAAAUCCUCGAAAUCUGCCACGCCGCUUCUCUCACCCCCGAGUCCCACCUCGACCGCAUCGCUUUCUCCGUCGCCAUUUCCAAGCUCUCCGAAUCCAACCACUUCGACACAAUCCGCCAGUUCCUCGACGACCUCCUAACCUCUCGCCCCGACCUCAAAACGGAGCGUUUCGCUUCUCACGCUAUCGUUCUGUACGGUCAAGCCAAGAUGAUCCCACAAGCCAUUGACACUUUCAAGCGAAUUCACGAUCUGGGUAUUCCUCGAACCGUUAAAUCUCUCAACGCUUUGCUUUUUGCUUGUCUUUUGUCUAAGGAUUACAAGGAGCUGAACCGGGUUUACAUUGAGUUUCCGAAGUUUUAUGAGAUUAAGCCGAAUUUGGAUACGUUUAAUACGGUGAUUAAAGGGUUUUCGGAAUCGGGUUCGACCAGUUCUGGGUACUCUGUUUUGGCUGAGAUGGAGAGGAAGUCUGUGAAGCCGAAUGCCACUACUUUUGGGAAUUUGCUUGCUGGGUUUUAUAAGGAGGAGAAGUUUGAGGAUGUUGGGAAAGUUUUGAAAUUGAUGGAGAGCCAUGGAGUGAAUAGGCGAUUUUGGUGGUUGAUUUGGGUUGAUCAAGCGGCGGUGUCUGGGUUUUGA